CGAUUGUCUAUCAAGAAAAGUUUUUUGAUCCUCUUUUUGCUUUUCUUAGGCAUAAAGCAGCCAUAGCCAUGCCUAGGAAGGUUGGAAAAGAAGUUGCACAACAAGUGGAAGUGGCUCCUGUGAGUCCAAGACAUUUUGAAGGUGAAAAUAGUCCGAAGCAUCUUCCACCUAUUUCUCCCUUGGCUGAUUGCUCAUAUGGCAAUCCCAUAUAUCGCAAUGAUGAUGAGGAGAAAGUUGAUUUUGCUGAGUCAAGCAAUAAAAUAUCUCAAGAACUUCAGCAGAUAAGGAAGCUACAAGAAGAAGCCAAUCAGAACAUGGAGCACAGUCUACAAAGCUUUCUACAAGCCCAACAACAACAUUCAGAUCAUUUCACUCAAUCUUUGAAUGUUAUUGAAAGGGCCAUUCAUGACAAUUCUCGAGCUAUUCGAGAAGAAGUAGCAGAAAGUCGCAGAACCUUCACUGCAGUUUUUGAGAGAACCAUGGAACAUGUUCGACAGCAACAAAAUGUUCCAAGGCAACCCAUACCUCCAGCAAUGGAAUUACCACAGAAAAAUCUUCCAGAUCCUUUGCCCGGGGGCAUAUUAAUCAGCCACAGGUGGUGCAGCAAAUGCCCAAUGCUCAAAAUAAUGCUCUUGGUGCUGGCCAGGUGCAGUUCAAUAGGCAACAGCAAAACAAUCCUGUUGGUGGCAUCCUUGGACUACAAGAUCAUGUGGAAGCAGCAUUCUGUGCAGCUGAGCAACUUAAAGCCAAUCAACAAAGAUAUGGACGCAAGCCAGUCAACCAUUGAACACAUUGGUAGGUUCACUAUUCCAUGUGGGGAGGCAUCGGGUGAUGAUUUUUUGAAGUUGAGACUCUUCCCAAGUUCUUUAACUGGUACCGCACUGACAUGGUAUUUAAGUCUGCCGCAAAAUUCUGUGUUUACUUGGAGACAAAUGGAAGAUUUGUUUCAUAUUCAAUUUUACCGCUUAGAGCCUGAGAUAUCCAUGGAUGAUCUUUCUAGAUUGACUCAACGGCCAGGGGAAUCUUCUGAAAAUUAUCUUAUGCGGUUUAGAAAAGCUCGGAUGAAGUGUCAUGUUGCCUUACCAGAGCAAGAGUUUGUGAAGCUUGCUCAGAAUGGUUUAGACAUUGAACUUCGAAAGAAGUUUGAGGGGAUGGAAUUCAGAGACUUCUUUGAGCUCUCUUAUAAGGUGGCACGUUAUGAAAACCUUUUAAGAGAGGAAUCCCAAAGAAAGGCAACAUCGCAAGGAACUUAUUAUCAGGAUGCUUUUGACCUUGAUGUUGCCGAGGUCUUUGCAGACAAGCCAGUAACUUGUCCUAAUCUAGUGAAAGUCACUCAACAGGUUGAGGCGGCUGCAAAGCGUCUCCCGCUUCCGACGGUUGCUGAAAUUGCAUCCAAAGAUUACUGUAAGUUUCAUAACUUCUGGAAACACUCUACUAAUGACUGUGUUAUUUUUCGGAAUGUGUUGCAAGACAAGAUUGACAAAGGGCUGCUUCGUUUCCCUGAAAAACCCAAAGAAGCCAUGGGGGUUGAUGAGAAUCCUUUUCUGAACGUUGAUGUUGGAGUUAAUGUUGCUGAAAUAAGGAGCAUCUCUCGAAAGACAUAUAAAGGGCGAACUUUGGCUGCAGAUGACCUUCACUGGCCUCCACAGCGACCUCCAAGUAAAAGGUGGGAGAAGGUCGUGCAUCCUAAGUUUCCAAAAGAACCUGUGAGAAAUCUUAGAACUUUGAGAAGAAGGUUGCAGCGAAAGCGAGCAGAGGCACGUCGUCGUCAACAAUUAGCUACUGAGGAAGUUAAGGUUCCACAAAGUUCUCCCGCAAAGGGAAAGAUGGUGUGGAAGAGAAAAGAGAGUCAAGAGGUUGCUGUCCAGAAUGACUCUCAACCGAAGGUGCCACCUCCUAAGCUCACCUCACUGAUCAUCAAUGAAAAUAAGUUGAAGGCAACCUUUGAAGCAGAUCAACAAGCAAAGUUGGCUAGUGAUGAUAAUCUUCUUGAGGACAUGGAUGUUCUGCAGAUCGGUGACAUCUCUAUUAAUCUCUCUUGUUUGGUUCUCACGCUUCCUUUGGUUUUUCAAGCCAAGGGCAGCGAGACUAGCCAUGUUCCUACCCAUGUUUCCAAGGGCAGCAUGGUUGUUGAAGAAGAAGUGAUAGAGCCACUCUACAUUUCAGCUCACAUGGAUGGAGUUCCAAUGAAUCGAGUCCUUGUUGACAAUGGAGCAACAGUCAACGUCAUACCUUCUUCUAUGCUGAGGAAUUUGGAUAAAAAUUCUGAGGACUUGGUUUAUACUGAUGUAACCAUCAGUGAUUUCACAAGUGGUGUUAGCAAAUCAAAAGGAGUACUGCCAGUUGCACUUACUGUCGGCAGCAAGACGUCAAUGAGUGCUUUCUUUGUUGUAGACUCUUCUGCAACUUAUAAUGCAUUACUAGGACGUGAUUGGAUCCAUUUGAAUUGGUGUGUUCCAUCUUCGCUCCAUCAAAGACUAAUUUUUUGGAAUGGAGGCAAAACUGAGAUGGUUUAUGCUGACAACAGACCAUUCUUAGUCAAUUCCAAUAUGGUGGAAGCACGGUACUAUGAUGAAGACGUAGGAACCAUUCGUUUCUUCGGCAUGGAUAGACAAGGAAAACCUCAUGGAAUCACUGCUUGCAACAAGCCUAUAUUGGCUAAGUAUGUGGUUGACGAGGUGGUACAUGAAGGUGAAGGGGAUACCCAUACUGACAGAGUCACAAUGGAGGAGUUAGAUCUGACCCCUACAAAGCUGGAUGACCUCAGGGCCGAUGUACAAGAUCCAUUGAAGGAAGUUAAUCUGGGAAUGGAGGCAGAGCCACGCAUUACUUUUGUCAGUGGCUUGCUACCGCCAAAGAUGCGAGAUAAAAUAAUUUGUUUACUACAUGAAUUCAAAGACUGCUUUGCUUGGGAUUAUUCUAAGAUGCCAGGUUUAGACCGAGAGUUGGUAGAGCAUAGACUACCAAUCAACAAAGGAUAUAAGCCGUACAAACAACCGCCACGCCAUAUGUCUCCAGAAGUGAUUUUGAAGGUGAAGGAAGAAGUGGAGCAGCUGCAUAAAGUUGGUUUUAUACGGACAGCCAGGUACUCAGAAUGGUUGUCUAAUAUUGUUCCAGUAGUGAAGAAGAAUGGAAAGCUCAAACUCUGCAUUGAUUUUCGGAACUUAAAUCUAGCCACACCAAAGGAUGAAUACCCUAUACCAGUAGCAGAUUUACUUGUUGAUGGGGUUGCACGCCAUCGCAUUUUAUCUUUUAUGAAUGGGCAUAGUGGCUAUAAUCAGAUCUUUAUUGCAAAGGAAGACAUAAGUAAAACGACAUGUCGUUGCCCUGGAAACAUAGGCAAAACUCGUGUCUUUUCACCUCUUUUGAAGUUGCAGCCUGAUGUAGAUUUUAAAUGGGAGAGGCAACACCAGGCCGCCUUUGAUGCCAUCAAGGAAUACUUGUCCAAGCCACAUGUGUUAGUUCCUCCAGUUAAGAAUAAACCCUUAUUGCUGUAUAUAUCCACCGCAGAUGAGUCAAUUGGCUGUCUGCUAGCGCAAGAGAAUAAUAAUAAACAAGAACAAGCUGUUUAUUAUUUCAGUAGAGCUUUGAAUCCGACCGAAGUGAAAUAUUCUUUGGUUGAGAAAUUGUGUUUGGCCUUGUUCUUUGCAGCAAUAAAAUUGAGGCACUAUUUAUUGUAUUCGGAGGUGUUUGUUGUUUCAAAAACUGAUGUCAUAAAAUACAUGUUGUUGCGGCCACUCUUAAAAGGCCGCAUUGGUAAGUGGAUUCUUGCACUUACUGAAUUUAAUCUGAGAUAUUUGCCUCAAAAAGCUGUUAAAGGACAGGCUUUAGCAGACUUUUUGGCAGAUCAUCCUUGUUUAGAUGUUAAUGCUGAUGAAGACAAGGGAAUCAAUCUCUUUUCGAUUGACUUGGUUCCUUGGAGGCUUAUUUUUGAUGGGUCUAGCACUAAUCAAGCCUCCGGGGCUGGAAUUAUUAUUGUUUCUCCAGAUGGCAUAACAACCCAAUGGUGUUUUCAGUUGGAUUUUGAAUGCACCAAUAAGCAAGCAGAAUAUGAAGCUUUGGUAAUUGAUCUUGAGUUGUUGGUAGAGUUAAAGGUGCCAUCGAUUGAAAUUAUGGGUGAUUCUCAAUUAAUUCUCAAGCAAUUGAGUGGCGAAUACAAGUGUACAAGCGUGGUUUUGUCUCCAUAUUUUGCCACUGCCAUCCAAUUACUCGAGGAAUUUGAUGAUGUCUCCCUGAAGCAUAUUCCUCACAACAUGAAUAUUGAAGCAAAUGAACUUGCGCAGAUCGCUUUAGGUGUAAAAAUGCCUGAAGGCAUCUUGGAGAAAGUCAUCAUCAUCGAAAAACAUGUUCAUAAUGGUAUUUGCGGUGCUCAUCAGGCAGGGAUUAAGAUGAGGUGGCUAAUUCGAAUGCAUGGUUUCUUUUGGCCAUCUAUUCUUAAGGAUUGCAUCAAUUAUGCGAAGGGCUGCAGAGCUUGUCAGCUGCAUGGUCAUUCUUUCAUAAUAGUUGCUACAGACUACUUUACUAAGUGGGUGGAGGCAAGGCCUAUGAAAAAGGUUGAGCAAGGAAAUGUCAUCAAGUUCAUAAAAGAGGAUCUGAUCCACAGGUUUGGUUUGCCAGAAACUAUCACUUCUGAUCAAGGUACUGCUUUUGUUGGAUCUCAAGUAGAGGCCUUUGCAAAAAACAUGGGAUUUCAUUUGCUUAAUUCAACUCCGCAUUAUGCACAAGCAAAUGGUCAAGCAGAAGCAUCUAAUAAGAUUAUAAUCAACAUCCUGGAGAAAAUAGUUGAUGAUAAUCCCAGUAGAUGGCAUGAGCUUCUUUCAGAUACUCUCUGGGCAUACAGAACCUCACAACGGAGUUCAACUAAGGUGACCCCAUUCUCACUUACUUACGGUCAUGAUGCUGUCUUGCCUAUGGAAUUAACGGCAAGGUCUUUGUGGAUUGCAAUUCAAAAUGGCUUGAAUUCUGGGGAAUACAAUGAGGCCAUGAUCAUGGAGUUGGAAGACCUUGAGGAAACAAGGCUGAUAGCAUUGGAUGUGAUGAAGGCCCAGAAGCUUAAAGUGGCACGAGCUUACAACAAAAGGGUCAAGCAAAAGAAUUUAGAAGAAGGAAGGUUGGUUUGGAAUGCUGUGCUGCCACUUGGCAAGAAGGAUCCCAGAUAUGGUAAGUGGUCCCCUAAUUGGGAAGGAUCAUUCCAAAUUCAUAAAGUUCUUAAAGGAGGUGCUUAUUGGUUAAAAUCUUUGAAUGGGGAGUUGCAUCCACGCAAGAUCAAUGGCAUCUACUUGAAACCAUAUUAUUCGACUGUGUGGGAGGCAAGGGAUAGUUCUACCUCCACGUCUGCAUGAUCUAGGUUUGCAAACAUUUGUAUAUUAUUCAAGUGUUUUUUUUUCUUUCAAUAAGGACACGUAGAGUUUUGGCUUGAACCAUGGAAGCAUACAUAAGACUUGGUACUGCUAAGGAGGCAUGGCAUGUUCUUACAUUUUUGUUUUAGGGUGGCUUUGUUUGUAAAGCCGUGGCAGCAUGAAUAAAGCAAGCAAAUAAAGUCAUGUUCAUCAU